AUGAAACUCGUAAGAUUUUUAAUGAAACUGAAUAAUGAAACUGUAACUAUAGAAUUAAAAAAUGGGACAAUAGUUCAUGGAACAAUUACUGGUGUUGAUAUGAGUAUGAAUACUCAUCUUAAAACAGUCAAAAUGACUGUAAAAAACAAAGAUCCCGUAAAUUUAGAUUCUUUAAGUAUUAGAGGGAAUAACGUUAGAUAUUAUAUUUUACCGGAUUCACUUCCAUUAGACACAUUGCUAGUUGAUGAUACACCAAAAGCCAAGGCCAAGAAAAAAGAAGCUGUUGGUGUUGGACGUGGACGUGGACGAGGACGUGGACGUGGUACCCGCGGUCGUGGUCGUGGUCGUUAA